ACGUGAUUCAUUGCCAGUUCUCUCUACUUUUUUUUUCGAACCCAAAUCCCAUCAGCCAUUGCCAUCAUGGCCGCCUAUGUGAGGGAUGCUGGGAGUUGUAGUUCAUUCAUCGGAUGCUCAUGAGUUCACUUUCAACAGGACGCGAGGGCAGGAAGUGCCUAUUCAGAGUCCCGCGUAAAUGAAACCCUGCGCCCUUUUAGUAGAUAGUGCAGUCCUCGCUCAGAGGUGGACAGUUCCUUUCCCGAAAAAAGGGGGGGAAUCAGAGAAAAUGGAGUCGCUGCCUGUCGUAAGAAGUGGCCCAAUUCUGUACCCGCCCGUCUGAUGCAGCACCGGCUGACUCGGGAGGUUGAGCCCUGCUAGGGUUAUACCGCUUUCCAUGGAGGGCGGUGGGUUUGCCAUGAGAAGGACGCAGGAGCGAAGGAGGCGGCGGCGACGGCAGCCGGGUCAAGAGGCGGAUUCGCCCGACAUAAAUUGCCGAGGUGGAUCCCGGUCUAUUUCCCCGCCGGCCAGCAAGAAACUGAACUCCGACGAAGGCGAGGAAGAGCUGGAGGAGCCGAAGCCGGAGGAUUUUGACAGUGAUGAUAUGUUUGCAGACUAUGACAGCUUUUCUGGCAACAACUCUUUCUUAACUGAAAUUGAUGAUAUAGAGCAAAAAUGCAUGCCCUUUGGUAGGGAUAGUCUGGAUUCUGACAGCUUCGAUCGCAACACUGCUGUGCGGCCUGUAGGUGGAGCUAAUCAGGUGACAAUUGCCAGGAACCCUGCACAGGUAUUUUCGGAGGCAGAACAGGUAUUUUUGGAGACAAACGCUGCAAUUAGCUCCAGAGUCAUAAGAGAAUAUGAUUCUUUGAAACGGAUGAAGGAACAGGAGAAUAGCUCAGAGCCUCAAGAUAAUGAUUUAGAAGGUCUUCCGUCCUCCCAGCUUUUGUUUCGUCAACAUUCAGACGAAUGUUCUCUGAAAGAAACUGCCAUAAAAGAAAUACCCUGUCAGCUGGACUUCUCAGAUCUACCAUGCUGCAGCGACACAGAAAGUAAUAAACAAGACUGUGAGUCGGUGAGAACUGCUUUGUUUGAACCAAGUAGGCGGAAGAGUCUCAAAGACCAUCUCAAAAAUGCAAUGGCCGGGAAUGCCAGAUGCUCUGCUUCAUUGGUUUCUAAAAGCAAACAGCUGAAAGAAGCCAUUGUAACUGAAGAGAUGGCCAUUGCGGAGGCAACUGACAACUUGGCUUUUGUAGAUAUCGGCCCUUUCUAUGGUUUACCCACCAAAGUCAAGGAGCUACUGCUAUGUAUCAGAGGAAUUGAGAAGCUUUACGACUGGCAACAUGAUUGUUUAAUGUUCGAAUCCCUGCAAAAGCGAAAGAACUUAAUAUAUUCCUUGCCAACCAGUGGUGGAAAAACACUCGUCGCUGAAAUUUUAAUUCUUCGAGAAUUGCUCUGCAAGCAAAGGGAUGUUUUAAUGAUCCUGCCUUAUGUGGCUUUAGUCCAGGAGAAGGUUGGGAGUUUGUGUGGUUUUGGAAUGGAGCUGGGUUUCUUAGUGGAAGAAUAUGCAGGAAGCAAAGGAAGGAUUCCUCCAAUCAAGAGAAGACAAAAGAAAUCCGUGUACAUUGCCACUAUUGAAAAGGGACACAGCCUGGUGAAUGCCUUGAUAGAAGCAGGGAGAAUCAACACCCUGGGUCUAGUAGUAGUUGAUGAGUUGCACAUGCUUGGAGAAGGUGGUCGUGGCAGUAUACUAGAAAUGACCCUUUCUAAGAUUUUGUAUGCAAGCAAAACAACUCAGAUCAUUGGAAUGAGUGCAACAUUACGAAAUGUUGAAGACUUGCAGCAGUUCCUGAAAGCAGAAUUCUACACAAGUAAUUUCAGACCUGUUGAAUUGAAAGAAUACAUUAAAAUACAAGACCGCAUCUACGAACUUGAUAGCAAAGCAGAAAAUGGCCUUAAGUUUUCACGUCUCCUUGAUUUCAAGUAUUCUAGUGAUCUUCAGAAGGUAGAUCCUGAUCAUCUUAUUGCAUUGGUCACAGAGGUUAUUCCCAAGCACUCCUGCCUUGUCUUCUGUUCUACUAAAAAAAACUGUGAAAAUGUAGCAGAAAUGAUAUGCAAACACAUAAACAGAGCACUUAAAAAGGUCAAGGAGAAAGAAAAAUACAAUCUUCUGAAAGAGUUAAGAAGCAUCUGCAGUGGAAAACUCUGUCCAGUUUUGAAGCGAACAAUUCCUUUUGGGAUUGCUUACCACCACAGCGGUCUCACCAGCGAUGAGCGGAAAUGUAUAGAAGCAGCUUAUUCCUCAGGCUUCCUCUGUCUGCUAACCUGCACAUCUACACUUGCUGCAGGAGUCAACCUGCCCGCUCGAAGGGUUAUUUUAAGAGCGCCAUAUGUUGCUACAGAUUUCUUGAAGAAGAACCAGUAUAAACAGAUGAUUGGCCGAGCUGGUCGUGCUGGCAUUGAUAAGGCUGGUGAAAGUAUUUUGAUUGCGCAAGAGAAGGACAAAGAACUGGUUCAAAAUUUAAUCACCAGUCCCCUAGAAAGCUGUUACAGCACUCUUCUGCUGGAAUCCAACAAGGGCAUCCGAAGUUUACUUUUAUCGGUGGUUGGUUUAAAGGUAGCAAACAAUCCUGAGGAAAUUUACCAAUUCAUGGGUGCAACCUUACUUAGUAUACAGCCACAGCUCCUGCCUCAGAAGAGCCUGCAGGAUGUAACAAUGGAAGCCUUACAAUGGCUGAAACAAAAUGGGCUGCUAAAAGAGAAAGAAAAUUCUGACAGCGAAAAGAACUGUCAGAAUAAUCUAGGGAUCACUCAGUUGGGCCGAGCUACCUACAAAGGUUCAAUUGAAUUGGCACACUGUGACACUCUCUACACAGACUUGAAGAAAGGACUUGAGGGGUUAAUACUUGAAAGCUACCUUCAUCUGAUCUAUCUGAUAACACCAUACGAUAUGAUUCCUCAGUGUAGCCCAAAUUGGAUGGUCUAUUUUAAACAGUUCAAUCAACUAAGUCUAAUAGAACAACAGGUAACCAGCAUUGUUGGAGUGCCGGAGAGCUUUAUUACCAAAAAGGCAUCUGGACAAGCCAUCAAGAAAGAACUGGAUAGUAAUACUGUUAACAGACUUUACCUGUCCCUCAUCCUUCAUUCCUUGUUAAGAGAGACCAACAUAUGGGAUGUGUCAGAAAAAUUUAAUAUACCACGAGGAUUUGUUCAAACUCUUCUCAAUUCAGCGGCUUCAUUCUCCUCCUCAGUUUUGCAUUUUUGUGAGGAGCUGGAUGAAUUUUGGGUUUAUAAAGCUCUCCUGCCAGAACUUACCAAGAGAUUAAGCUAUUGUGUUAAAGCAGAACUUAUUCCUCUUAUGGAGGUAGCUGGAGUUUUAGAGGCUCGAGCCAAGCAACUCUACAACUUGGGCUAUAAAAGUUUAGCUCACUUGGCCAAUGCAGAUCCAGAACUUCUAAUCAAGAAUGUUGCGCAUAUGUCCAGAACACAGGCCAGGAAAAUAGUUUCAUCUGCAAAGAUGCUCCUUGCUGAGAAGACCGAGGCUUUACAAGAAGAAGUUGAAGAAUUAUUGAGAAUACCCACGGAUGUUCCAUGAGGCUUUUUAUUUUUCCGUAAAUCCAAGAUUCAAUAGAUUUAUCUCCUGCCUUGAUCACUGCUUGUAUUUACUGUAUAUAUUAAUGUAAUAAAAUUUAUACAUCAGAAAAUA